GCAGCAUUCAAUAAUGGAGCGCUACCAGAAGCUCGAGAAGGUUGGCGAGGGCACGUAUGGCGUGGUGUACAAGGCUAAGGACCGCGUCACGGGCGAAGUGAUUGCGCUCAAGAAGAUUCGUCUGGAAGCCGAAGACGAAGGCAUUCCCAGCACGGCCAUCCGUGAGAUCUCCCUGCUCAAGGAACUCCAGCAUUGCAACAUUGUGCGGCUGUACAACAUCGUGCACACCGAGCGCAAGCUCACGCUUGUGUUUGAGUACCUCGACCAGGACCUCAAGAAGUACUUGGACGUGUGUGAGAAGGGUCUCGAGAAGCCCAUUCUCAAAUCCUUUCUCUACCAACUGCUCCGCGGCAUUGCGUACUGCCACCAACACCGUGUCUUGCAUCGAGACCUGAAGCCGCAGAAUCUCUUGAUCAACCGUGAAGGCGAGCUCAAGCUGGCCGACUUUGGCCUGGCCCGCGCGUUCGGCAUCCCCGUGCGCAGUUAUACCCACGAAGUGGUGACGCUGUGGUAUCGGUCCCCUGACGUCCUCAUGGGCUCGCGAAAAUACUCGACGCCUGUGGACAUUUGGAGCAUCGGGUGUAUAUUUGCAGAAAUGGCCAACGGAGGGCCGCUUUUCGCCGGCACGUCCGAGGCGGACCAGCUGGACCGCAUCUUUCGCCUCUUGGGCACCCCCACGCUGGACAUUUACCCGGGGCUGGUGGACUUGCCAGAAUACAAGACGGACUUUCCAGUGUACCCGCCGCCGGCGUCGUUGGCGCACCUGGUGCCGACUCUGGACGCCGACGGGUUGGACCUGAUGCAGCAGAUGCUCCAGUACGACCCCGCCAAGCGCAUCACCGCCGCCGAUGCGCUCAAGCAUCCGUACUUUGACGACUUGCCCCAGUCGUCUUCCCAAGCCUCUUAAGACGUAAUGAGUGUGUAUGUGUGUCCUUCUAUAUAGUCAAAUCGAUUUUGCUUGAACCUUGGCCAUCAGAAUGGACAUGUGUUUCAUUGUAUUCUGACCAUGUAACAUAUAGCCACUUGUUGUGGCGGUUGGUCAGAUACCAUAGUAUUCGACUCGAAUGUGUAUCAAUAAUAGUAAUAAUUAC